AUGCUUUCACCGCAACUGUCUGAAUUGCUUACUUGGGGGUCUGAUAAUGGCAUUACAUGGCCAAACGGCCUGCAAUUUCUCGAAAGGCCUGAGAAAGGCAUUUCUGCGGUAGCCACUGCCAAGAUUUCGCAUGCAACGCUUCAAGUACCAAAACAAGCUUUGUUCAGCGGUGAACUAGCCGAAAAUUACUUCAAUAGUGACCAAAAUACCAACUCUCUACUCAAGUUGCUGCUUGCCAAGUUAAAGUUCGAUCCUAACUCGACAUCAGUGAAUGCAGAAGAUCUGAAGUCGAAAUUUGGGCCGUACAUAAGGGCUUUACCAAAAGAAAUAGCCUCUCCGUUGGUAUGGAAUCCAAAAGAACUUGAUCUCUUGGGAAAUACAAAUUUGCGCACCUCAAUUGCCAAGAAACUGGAAUCAAUGUUCGCUGAAUGGAAAGUAGCAGUGGGCCAGGUGGCAGAAAUCAAGCAAGACGUUGCCCUGGAGAUCGCACAGGUUGAGGACAUUUUGGGCCAGGGAGAAGACCAGAUUUAUGCCAAAAUUACCUCCAAAGUUUUCGCAAACUCGCUGCAGCUCUCGUGGUGGUCCUUCCCGGCGUUUCUAUGGUCGAGCAUUGUGUUUCUGUCGCGGGCGUUUCCGGAAAAGGUGGUCAAUGGAUUAGCAGACCCUUCAAGAAUCAUCCUUCUACCGGUUAUUGACCUGUUAAACCAUGACUAUCGCUCAAAAGUAGAGUGGAGGCAGAGCAAUGACUCUUUUUGUCUCGAAAUUCUCGAGGACAUCGAAGAGGGCUGUGAAAUCUUCAAUAAUUACGGCGGCAAGGGCAACGAAGAGCUUCUAUGGGGCUACGGCUUUGUUCUAGAAGAAAACAUAUGUGACACUGUGGCACUGAAGAUAAAGCUACCACCGGCCACGCUGCAUCAGAUCUCAAAAGAAAAAAGCAUAAGGCUUCCUACUCUCGCAGACUAUACGCGGUCAGCGUUUGAUCUUCCGUCAGAAAUCCCAAAGGAGUCCGAAAAGUUACCUCUGGAAGAAAAAUUCGAAGACGGAAUACUCUAUAUGUUAAGUGCUACCAACAAUACGUGUCUGUUGUGGCUGCUUGACGUGUUCACAUUUUUGGAAAAGUCCAAAACCGAGUCACUUGUCAAUCUCAGACCCCGCUUACAGGGUCUUCAGAAUCUCAGAGCUGCUCUAGAGGCCAAGCACAGCUCCUACAACGCCGAGACCGUGUAUUCGGGUGCUGUAGAGUACCCUGUGAGUGAUUAUAGGGCACAUGCUGCUCAGAAUUACAGAUCAAGCCAAAUCAAAAUAAUCAAGAGUUCCAUUUCCCAGCUAAAGACGCUUGAGAAGAACUGGACAUCAACUUACAAGCAUGAAUUGCUCAGUGUCAACAAGCUCAUGCGGUUGGAUCCAGAUUUUAUCGAAACUCAACUUCCCAUCCUACUGCAACUGGAGCCCGGUUCCGAUAUCGCACUGGACUCGUACGAAACCUUACUCUACCUAUGGAUAAUACAAAAUCAAGAUACAAAGACUAUCCCCAAGGGGCUCCAAUGGGUAAUUGCGCAAUAUAACCAGUUUAUCGAUGCCCAAGGUGCCGACUCUGGCCCAAUUUCAGAUCAUGUUCGAAUUCUUCAUCAGACAAUUUUCGUCAAAGACACCCAAAAAGAAUACCUGGAGAAACUCCAGAAAGCACAGGAAUUUGUUAUGGCCAACUCCUACAUCAGAUAUUCCAAAGAUGAGCCCAUCCUGGUCAGAAGCAUCGAUGUGUAA